AUGAGAGAGCGCUUUGCCUACCUCGCGACCCUCGCCCGUCGCCCUUGCUUUCUCCGUCCACUGCCCUCAUCCCGCCCGUCGCCCUCGCCGCCUCGCCGCCUCGCCGCCAAACCGCCCGUCGAGGUCGGUUCCCUCGCCCGUCGCUCUCGCUUCCCCCGCCCGUCGCUCUCGCUUCCCCCGCCUACUACCCUCGCCUCGCCUGUCGCCCUCGCCGCUUCCCCGCCCGUCGCCCUCGCUUCCGCCCGUCACCGCCCGUCACCCUCCCUUCCGCCCGUCACCCUCCCUUCCACCCGUCGCCCUCCUUUCCGCCCGCCGCCCUUCCUUCCCCUCGUCGCGCUUCCUUCCGCCCAUCGCCCUCCCUUCGUCUCGUCGCCCUCCCUUCGUCUCGUCGCCCUCCCUUCCUCCCGUUGCCUUCCCGUCCGCCUGCCGCCCUUCUUUUCCCUCGUCGCGCUCCCUUCCCCCCGUUGCCCCCCUUCGUCUCGUCGCCUCUCUGUCGCUCGUCGCCCUCCUUCCCGCUCGUCCCCUCGCAAUCCCCGUCUCUCUCUCCCCCCGUCGCCCUCUCUUUCCCCGUCGCCCUCCCAUCCACUCCUCGUUGUCCUUGCCAUCCCUCCCUUCUCCCUUCUCAUCUCGCACACUUCUCUCUCCCCGGCAUCUCCCUCGCUCCCCACGUCCUCUUCCCUGCAUCCCCCCAUCCCCUUCCGUGCUUCCCCCCAUCCCCUUCCGUGCUUCCCCCCAUCCCCUUCCGUGCUUCCCCCCAUCCCCUUCCGUGCUUCCCCCCAUCCCCUUCCGUGCUUCCCCCCAUCCCCUUCCGUGCUUCCCCCCAUCCCCUUCCGUGCUUCCCCCAAUCCCCUUCCGUGCUUCCCCCCAUCCCCUUCCGUGCUUCCCCCCAUCCCCUUCCAUGCUUCCCCUCAUCCCCUUCUGUGCUUCCCCCCAUCCCCUUCCGUGCUUCCCCCCAUCCCCUUCCGUGCUUCCCCCCAUCCCCUUCCGUGCUUCCCCCCGUCCCCUUCCGUGCUUCCCCCCAUCCCCUUCCCUGCUUCCCCCCAUCCCCUUCCCUGCUUCCCCCCAUCCCCUUCCCUGCUUCCCCCCAUUGCCUUCCCUGCUUCCCCCCAUCCCCUUCCCUGCUUCCCCCCAUCCCCUUCCCUGCUUCCCCCCAUCCCCUUCCCUGCUUCCUCCAUCCUCUCGCACUCUCACUCUCCUUCCCCCACCCUCUGCCCUGUUCCCUCCUAG